AUGGUCGUCCCCAAGAUUUGGAAGCGUCUCAUGGCCAAUGUUGUCGAUGUGGUUUUCUUAGUACUUCUUAUCUCCCUUGUUCUUGGUUCUCUUGAAACCACCUCUAGGUCAGCACUUUUCAUUGUUCUUCUCGUACUCUACAUAACUGGAGUUGUUUAUAUGGGCAUCGUGUGGCAAUUGGCUUCAGUGAUAUCUGUUUUAGAAGAUUUGAAGGGUAUUAAGGCCAUGAUCAAGAGCAAGGCAUUGAUUAAGGGUAAGGUGAUGGUUGCCUGUGCGAUUUUCAUUAAUCUUAGUAUCAUGUUUUCAUUAAUAGAGUUUGUGUUUGAGACGAUGGUAGUGCAUGGGGAGAAGUUGGGGAUGGGGAUGUGGAUUAGGGUUUUGUGUGGGAUAGUUUGCUUCUUGUUGGUGAUGCAACUGUUUCUGUUUGGGCUGGUUGUUCAGCCUGUGUUUUACGUUGUCUGCAAAUCGUAUCACCAUGAGAUCAUCAAUAAGUCUCUCUUGGCAGAUCAUCUCCAGGUUUUAUGUGGGAGAGUAUGCCCAUAUCAACGGCAACAGGAUAAUCAAUUGGAGCAAUAUGAUGUGUGA